CAGUCGCAGGUUGGCGCGCGUUGAGGACGGUUGCCUCUGUGAUACUGCCUGAUACAUUUGUAUCGUACUUGUGCGAAUCGUAUUAUUAUUGUGAACACAAACUUUGUGUGUGUCAGUUUUGUUCUGUGUUAAUUAAUUUUUUUAAGUUAUUGGUUUUUUUAAUUACGGUAACUGCCUUUUCUGGUGUUAAAAAGGGCGUGAUGUCUGCUGAUCAUCACUAAUGACCAAGUGAACACCCGACUGGAUUUGUUUUCGCGCAGGCGCAACAGACCUGAAGACGCUGCCGUCAUGACGCUGCACUGGUGGAUGCACUGGUUCUGGGUGACGAUGUUGCUGUCUUUAAUAGCAAGCAGCCGGCGAGUGCUCGGUGCACCCCAGGCUUUUGAGCUGCAGCCCACGUCGACGGCGACCGAGGCGGCUGAGACGGUGCAGCCCCACGUGGAGCGCCAGCCGCGCGCCAUGUACUUCACCAAGGCCGCGCCUCUCCCCCUACCCCACACACCACCUACCACCUCAAACACCAACACCACCGAUACCACCCCCACAACACCCACAGCUUCUACUAACACCACCGAACACACACAAACAAACUCAACAUUCAACACCACCACACAAGUGUCGCCAAUAAAGUGGACGAAAAUCAACGCGACUGUGACCACAAAUGUAUCCAAUGGACAACAAGAUACAACAAAGAACGCAACGCUCCUGACAUUAAUAGACCCACUAACCGACCCGCAGAAUGCAACGUUCAGCUCUAGAAAGCGCAAUCUGACGCCCGACUCGGUCAGGGACGACGCGAAUCUAGAAGGGAUUUCAGAGAGCAGAAUCGUGACGGAGAAGCCGCUUUCUUUAGAAACGACGUUACUUCAGACCAAGAUGCCCCCGAUUAUAGAAUCUUCUAGACAAGUAAUAGAGCCGGGCAACAGGAUGGACACGGGAGCGAUAGCAGGCAUAUCGUUUGCAGCACUAGCGCUGACUGCGCUCGCGGGCAGCACCGGCUUUGUGCUGUAUCGCCGCCGGUACCUCAACAAGCCGCAGACCCUCAAUGACAAGUGCUCCAACCCCGACUCCAGCGGGUACUUAGAUGAUAGCACCAUUAGGGACAAUUCGGAGGAGAUGUACAGUCUUGACAACGAUUCCUUCCUUAACUCUCUGGAAGCGAUGACCAUCCAGAACUACUGGACCGACACCGUCAAACAUACCAAACUCUAGUCGAGGCCAACUUAUAAUGGACAAUUCAUCGACUGACUCUGUGUUGCUAGGUAUAUUAUCUUGUAAAUAUUUUGGCAACGAACUAAUGUGUCCUUUUAAAAUAUGUUAUGUAUUUUUUUCUUAAUUUAUAGCAUCCCCAAUCCCUUUGAUUAAAUUUAUUCAAUCCAUCCAAAUAAUGGCAACACUAACUUUAUAUUUGACAGUUGAUGUCUAUGGCAGUUGCUUAAUUUAAUAUAAAAGAGUCUCAUAUACUUUGC